ACAGGAUAUAAAUAUAGACGAACCGCCGCUUUUCUCAAUCAGCCAAAGGUGAUUCAAGAACUUCAACAGGCAAAAGUCAAAACAGAAAUUGGAAGCCAUGGAAGUUCACCCGCGUCUCAUAGUGAUGUUAUGUUUGAUUGCCUCUUGUUAUGGAGGUUUCAUUCAGUCGGAACAUCCCCAACUAGCUUUUUGUGAAGCGGAUUUCGGUGAGUUUAUAGAAUGUUUGAAGAUCCUUAGAAAUCAUAAUGCUUUUUAACAAGUUGUAACUUGGAGUUGUAGAUCAAAAAAACCGUUUCACAACUGAGAGCAAGCACAACUUGAAACUGUCCUGGUUAGAUUGAAUUUGGACAUUUAUGUGCAUGUUCCAGGAUGGUAAAAGAAAAAACAUUGGACUUCGGAUUGUGCGUGUAAGUUUUCACGUUUUUCAAUGGGUUUAGAGAAAAAAAAAAAAGGACAGAGACAGAGACAGAGACAAAGGAAAGUGUCAAGUGUCGGAAAUGUCAUUGUUUAUUGACGUUACCGGUAUUAUUUCAUUAUCUAAUUAUUAUUAUUGAUAUCAUCUUAUUUUUAUUAUCAUUAUUAUUAUUUUACAGUGAUACGUGCCCACAUCGAUUCGGGACCUGAAACAGAGGGUAACUAUUUUGUUUUCAAGAUAACCAUUAAAGAAAUUUUCAAAGGGUUGUCGCUCGGACGUCAAGGUAAGGCCUUCGGUUUGCUGGAAACAGAAUUCAAGACGAAACUUUACAGCCCCGACGGCAGCACGUCUGAUAAAGUAACCGGACCAUUUGGGAUCAGAACGGGAGUCGAGUACCUCUUGUUUGGGGAUAUUCUGCACGGCGGGAGGCUGUUUACGAAAUUCUCCUUUCUGCGAGAGGACUGGCGCACAGUGACUCCACGAAAAAAAGCAAACCUUCGGGGGUACUAUGAGGCCGGAUGCCGUCAAUGUCAGAUCAGGCCAUGUGGUGAAUCUGACUUGGAAUGUCGCAAAAAGUUACCCGGCUGUGAUAAGAGAGCGACCCAGACUCCGUACUUGUAUCAAUGGACGCUUCUAUCGAGGUGUUGGAAGCAAUUUGAGCACUGCGAGGUUGAUGCAACUGGUCUGCAAUGUUACUGGAACGAAACAAGGGAAUCGAAACGAUGCAAGGAAAGAAACUCAUUGCCCCUUCCUUUUAGAGGCAAUUCAUAUGAUGCAUAAACAGCUGAACUUGACCUAACUAUUAUCUUCAAAUGAAACUAAUUAAUUUGUAGUUUUGCUCUGGUAUUUUUUGAAGUUAUUAUUCACUGAGUUACUGCUUUUAAACAUUUUAUUGUAAAACGUGUUAGAGUUCUAGAAUAGAAAUGUUUGUAUUAUUAUUAUUACUAUUAUUAUUAUUAACUAAACAAGCACUUUUUGCAAUGACUUUGUGAGUCAAACUAAUGGUUUGAUUCUUUAAAUAACAAAAAAAUGUUAUCCAAAGGAACAAACUCGUCCAUAGUGACGGUAUAGAGAUAUGAGUAAACAGUGGCU